AUGUCAGCCUCGGCGACGACUCGAUUCGGCAUGCUCCACGGCACUGCCCUCGGCGAGGGCAGUGUUAGCGUUCACCAGUACCUCGGUGUCCCAUUUGCGGAGCCUCCGCGCCGCUUUGCGGAUCCCAUCGACUGGUCGGCGCCAUUCGAGGGCGGCGUGCGCCUGGCGAUGCGGCCCGGCAGCGUCUGCGUGCAGCCUACCGUCACAGCCGGCGACGGCUUUCAAGGCUCGGAGGACUGCCUCUUUCUCAACGUCUGGGCUCCGGCGCCGUCGACCGUUCCCCUCCCGGUCCUCUUCUUUGUGCACGGCGGCGACUUUCUCAGCGGGAGCGGCGGCGAGUACAACUCGAGCCGGCUGGCCGCGAGGCACAGAGUGGUGGUGGUGACCACAAACUACCGGCUCGGCGCGCUGGGCUGGGCGCGGCUCUCCGAGGGCCGCGCCAACUGGGGCCUGAAGGACCAGCGGAGCGCGCUGCGCUGGGUCCGGAGCAACAUCGCCGCGUUUGGCGGCGACCCGCGCCGGCUCUGCAUCUUUGGGGAGAGCGCCGGCGCCAGCUCGGUCGCGCUCCACCUCCUCUCGCCCGCCUCCCGCGGCCUGUUUGGCGCAGCGCUCAUGGAGAGCGGAUCGCCCAUCGCCACUCCGGCCGGCGCCGCCGAGGAGCUCGCCGCGGACUUCUUUCGCCACAGCGGCUGCGGUGAGGCCCAGCGGAGGGGCGGCCAGGCCGUGCUCUCCUGCCUGCGCGCAGCGCCGAUCGCACGCCUCUGGCGCGCCGCCUCCGCCGCCACUGCUCCUCCGCCGGGCGGCGGCUUCCUCGACCAGCGCACCUUCGCCUCGGUCGUCGACGGCGUCGAGGUGCCCGCGAGGCCCUUUGAGCUUGUCGCGAGCGGCGCGCUGGCUCGCGUCGCUCUCCUCGGAGGGACAAACACCGACGAGGGCUCCGGCUUUGUGCUGCCGGCCGUGAAGCGGCCGCUCUCCGCGGCUGCCUACACCGACUACAUCUCCAAGCUUACUCUGCGCCUCGAGGUGCCGCGUGCGAACCUCUCGGACGUGCUGGCGGUGUACCCUCCUCGGCCUGCCGCCGACAACGCAAACUCUCGGGGCAACCGCGCCUACCUCUACCGCUUCGACCAGCGGGCGAGGGACGACACCUCCGAGCCGGUGGAUUGGGGCGUCACGCACGGCAGCGAGGUUCCAUUCGUCUUCGAGCGGGGCAGCUGGAUCGACAGCGGAAACACGAGCUUCACGCCCGCCGAGCGCUUGCUCUCCGUCGCGAUCGGCGGCAUGUGGGCCGCGUUUGCCUCGCGCGCACAGCCGCUGCCGCCAGCAGCGUGGCCCGCCUACCGAAACGGGUCUGAGGCGCAGCUGGUGCUCUCGAUCCGAGAGGAUGCCACGGCGCCACCCCCCUUUCGGGUGGAGGUGCCGCCUCGGGCGCGAGAGUGCGACUUCUGGGAGCGGCUGCAGGCGCUAGUGCGAGACAAGGAGCAGAGGGUCGCGGCGUCGUGA